UAAAGAAAGGCCCAAUUGUACAAAAGAGUAAACAGGUAAGCUAUUAGGGUUUUAGUAUUUAAAAGCUGUUUCAUCAAAGAAAGCUAGAAGACAUUUCUCCCGUCUAGCCGCAGGAGAAAGGAAGGAAGGAAGGAAGCUGUUCUGUGACUUCUGAGGGGAAGAAAUGAAGCACAACAAUGUUAUCCCGAAUGGUCACUUCAAGAAGCACUGGCAGAACUAUGUCAAGACUUGGUUCAACCAGCCUGCCAGGAAAACCAGAAGAAGAGCUGCGAGGCAAAAGAAGGCUGUUAAGAUCUUCCCCCGUCCCACCUCUGGACCUCUCCGCCCUGUUGUCCACGGUCAGACUCUCAAGUACAACAUGAAGGUCAGAACCGGUAAAGGCUUCACUCUUGAGGAGCUCAAGGCUGCUGGAAUCCCCAAGAAGCUGGCACCCACCAUUGGUAUCUCUGUUGACCACCGUCGCAAGAACAGAUCUCUCGAGGGUCUUCAGUCCAAUGUCCAGAGGCUUAAAACCUACAAGGCUAAGUUGGUCAUCUUCCCGCGUCGUGCCAGGAAGGUCAAGGCUGGUGACUCUACUCCAGAAGAGUUGGCCAAUGCCACUCAAGUCCAGGGUGACUACAUGCCUAUUGUCCGUGAGAAGCAUGCUACAGAGCUUGUGAAGCUGACAACUGAGAUGAAAUCGGUCAAUGCUUAUGACAAGAUCCGUCUAGAGCGCACAAACAAGAGACAUGCAGGUGCUAGAGCCAAGAGAGCUGCUGAUGCUGAGAAAGAGGAGAAGAAGUGAGGAGAUUCUUCUUUCUUAGUUAGAAGAAACUCUUUAUCUUGCCUUUUAUCGUUUUGAUCUUAAUUUUUGUGUAUCAGACUCUGUUUUUGUUAUCCUUGAAAGAUUUUGCUGCUGCCUUGCUUUUGGAUUUUAUGGAAAAGAUCAUUUCACACAUUUCUACUUCCUAAAA